AGGGGGGCGAAGAGCUCACAGUCACAUCCGAGCUAAGUGAGCCGGAAAAAAGAGACACUCCCCAGGCACGAGCAGCAGAGCAGCAGCCUCCGGCUCCCGUCGUGUGUGUCGUGUCGUAAGUGUGUGCGUGCCAUGGCGGACAUGAACCGCCGCAAGGGGGGCGUGCGCUCGCAGCAGAGCUACAUGCAGGCGGCGUCCCAGCAGCAGUUUUCGGUCUAUCAGCAGCAGAUGCAGGCCCAGGCCCAGGCUCAAGCGCAAGCUCAAGCUCAAGCUCAAGCUCAAGCUCAAGCCCAGGCUCAGCAGAAUCCCUAUCAGUACCAGCAGUAUCAGAAACAGCAGCAGAGCAAGGCGCCGGGUUUCCAUCCCAACCGUAGCGGAGGAUACCGCAGCACGACCACUGCUCGCCCUGGAGCCCAGAAACCCUCCAUAACUGGAGCCAAAAUGGGCAUCAAGAGCGGCAUGACGGUGGAAGAUCUCAAGCGACUUACACAAAAGAGAAUGCAGCAGUCAGCGGGCUCUAACCCAGCCACACCCAAGACGUCAGCGCCCGAGGGUUUCUCGUCCGCUAGACCAGCCACACCCAAGAUCAACAUGGCAGUAGUCAAUGCCACCUCCACACCUGCAGCAGUAGCCACUCCACCGGUUAUACCGAAGACUGGUAUGUCAGUUCAGGAGCUCAAGCAGUUAACAGCGCUUCGUGUGGCAUCCCAGAACGUCCCAGUGCAUGCCAGUGAAGUAACUGGACUUGUGAGUAAGGCGGUGCUGAAUAACGCAGCCAAGUCGCACUACCGUGAUAAUCUACGUACUUCGCUCACACCGGGCAGCACACCGAAGCGUUCCCACCACACUCGAAGCAAUAGCAGUACCCAGUUCGGUAGUGCGCAGUACAGUGGCUUCGGGAACGAUCUAAGUCGCAGUCACGGCCCAGGUGAUCUCAGUCGCAGUCAUGGACCUUUAAACUCAGGAUCAGGUGACGUCAUCCCAGUGCGUGGUCACCGCAGUCGCUCACGUAGCUCGCAACUACCGAAUGUUGACUCGUCCGUGAACGACAUGCCCAUGCGCUACUCUUACACUAGCGGCCAGACGCCUGAAGAUUAUUUCUCUACUUACGACUUUGGGGGCAACUCGACUUCUUCGCAGGAGACAGAUCCUGGCCGUGGCAGUCUCGACGAAGGCGCCAACUCAAGUCGCAAUUCAUUGCUGCAGUUCUCAGAAGAAUCGUUCCCUCCUCCGCCACCGAUGGACGAGAGUGGAGGCUUUGUAUCCACAGCAUUACCGUCGUGGUCUCCACCUCCAGCCAGAAGCAAAAAGCUUAAUGCCUCAGCGAGCAGUGGCGCGACGUUCUACAAUCAGCAGACUUCGUAUUAUAACAUCGCAUCCAAGGAUGAGCCGACCGCUUCAGGUGAUAAUGGAGGUGGUACAGGUCAAACACAGGACCAGAAUUCGGUCCUUGCGCCGCCUCCUGGACUCACACGAAGGCCAUCGAUGACAGUGCCCUGGCAAGUGGCAGAGGCUGUGCUUAAUACACCGCAGACUAAUACUGGGCGGAAGAAGCUUGUGGAUUCGGAUGUCGAUACCAGCUCAGGUGGACUAAACUCGUCUGCAGCUGAAGCUGCGGCUCAACUAACGGGACUUUCGCUGCAGUCGUCUACCCGCGGUCGCAAUACAGGUGCGCCGCCUCCUCCUCCACCUUCGUCGGGAAUGUUAUCAAGCUCGCCGUCCACUACGAGCGGUAUGCCAUUAUCUGGAGGAGCCAACGCCGCGCGACGUGGCAGCUUCGGCAAUGCUGCUGAGUUUUUCAAGUUCCGGCGACGUAGCAAAAGCCGUCUUGAACUCGCGCGUGACAUGUCGUUCGGUGACAAUGGGGAGCUGGCAGGAUACCCUAGUUAUGGUACAGCUGGAGCGAUGCCUGGUAUUGCUGAGCGUCACGGUGAUGCUGAAGAUGAAAUCCACGAGGAUUCAGUCUCCGAAGCGAGCGCUUCAACGUCAGUCAAUGAUGAAUCCAGCUCCCAGGACUACACAGAUGAGGACGUUGUCCAAGUGACUGGCGGCUAUGACGAUACGGCAGAAAUCUCGGGCAGCUUCGUGUCUUUUUACAAUGCCGCGCGACAACAACAGAGCGGGCUUUCAACGCUGGCGAUCCCCCCUCCGCCGCCUCCGCCUCCCAUGGCAGACGACGAUGAUGAUGCGUCUACUACGUCGUCAACGAAGGGCAAUGGUUUGCCUAUGAUGUCUCCGAACGGUGCACGACUCCGGAAGGUGGCGGAAUUGGCUCGACGUGGCAGUUUGAGCAGCGAAGACAAGACUCGUGCCAAGGAUGAAAUUAUUCAGAGCUCGUUGGGGAUCGGCGCGAGCAAUGCUGCACGUCUGCUUGCGACCAAGAAAGAAGAUCGGGGAGACCGUGUACCAGCCACAGCCCCGUCAGUGACGGCGCCUCCUGGAUUCCCUGGUAUGCCACGGCUGACACCGAAGGCCUCGACUAAGAAGAUGCUUGCACCUGGAUCUGGGAUCGUGCGUAGCACUACAGCGGCUCCAUCGAGCACUUCUUCUGGUGCGGCUGCAGCUGCCACAGCUCUCGGUGCUAGUACCGUGUCUUCAGGAUCGUCAGGUGCUUCACAGACUGGAAGCAACACACUGGAGGAGCGUCUUGCUGCCGCGGCACAGAGAGUGGCAGAGUGCGUCGGGAAGGGUGAUAUGACAGGGUUCCAGCAGGCUAUGGACGAGUUAGACUGGCUGCGUAAUGAAGCCAACAAGCUUAUGCGCGGUUGAGUGAUGCUUGACGUGGAGUGUGAGGUGCGUGAAUCAAGCGUUUAGUAGAGCAAACAGCGAGUUAGCAACCAAAAAAAAACAAUCAAAUGGUGUAGAUAUCGAGAGGAAAAACUCUUUUUCCAAUCGACAGACGACAGACAGCAGGUCUCCAGGCCCGACGUACCAACCAAAACCAACAUAAACAAAGACACAGUAACAUGCCUAUUCUUCCAAUUACAGCAAGAUCUUGUACUUCUC